GUUGCACCCUGUCGUGCCCGUGCCGUACCGUGCACUCCAGUACCAGAGUACCGUGCCGUAUCGCGUUGUAACGUAUCACGGAGCCGGCAUGCCCAGCAAAAGAAAAAUACAACGCCCGUUUCCCAGCGGGUCGUAUCAAGAAGAUCAUGCAGACAGAUGAGGAGGUGGGGAAGGUUGCCCAGGCAGUACCAAUCAUAAUCUCUAGGACUCUGGAAUUAUUUGUACACUCCUUGUUAACCAAGACCAUGCAGAUUACGAGUGCCAAAAAUGCCAAGACUUUGAGUCCAUCUCAUAUGAAACAAUGUAUCUUGUCAGAAAGCAGAUUCGACUUUCUGAAGGAUCUAGUGAAAUCUCUGCCUGAUGUAUCAGGGCCCGAUGAUGAAGUACCUAUGUCACCAGAAACUCCUUCACCUGCUCCAUUGCAAAUCAAUGUAUCAAACACAGCUACAGCAAGUCCAACAGUGAUGCAACAUUCUGAUCCAUUAGAAUAUCAGAAACAUUUAGGAUUGCCAGUUAGCACCGAAAUAAAUACGAAAGAAAUACAUAAGAAUACAAAAGAUAAUGGAUCGAGCAUGGUUUCAAGCAAUUUAAACUUUACUAAUCAAAGGGCCGUAAUAACAGUGGGAGGGCAUUCACAAGUUCCAGAAUUCCAUACAUCUAUACCUGCGGCCUUUCAGAUUAGUCGGCCAAAUUUUUAUACGGAACUUAAUCCGAGUGCAAGCGAUCAGCCGACGUCAAACUUUACUCGUACCGCCAACAUUGAUGAGGAUUAUGACACAUAGUAUUAAUCCCAUUGAUCGAAAUCUAGAAAGUUAAAAUUUGUUGGACAUGCGACGCAUGGAUUAGCUAAAGUCCAGUAAAAACAACGCGUGCAUGUAUCAGAAACAUCUUUCAAUUGCUCACAUCAUAAUAUUGUAAAUUAAUAUUGUUUGAUAUUUUCAAAUUGACACGUUCCUUUGUUUUGUUCAUACCUGUUUUAUACAAAUGUUAUUUUUAAAUUUAUUUUAAGCACAUUUAUUAAAAAUAUUACAUUAAAAAUUAUCUAAUUCAAUCACUAUUCAAUUCAAUUGCGUUUUGACAUCUCUUCCGUGCUAUUCCGUUAUAAAAUUACGUAAAUAUUAGAUUAUCGUAUAAAUGUCAGGUCUCGUCAAAGUUUAGUUUUUCUAUAAAUAACAUUCGUUUAAUAGAUUGUAUAUGUGUGUAUAUGUAUAAUAAUCAU